CUCAUCAGAAAUAGUUCCUCAGAGUCCUGUCCCUCACGAAGGCACCCCUUGAAUGCUUUAGAUGAAAGCUGGUGUUUCAAAAAGUGCAUCAAGGUAAUGUAAAAACAGCAGAUUGCCUGCGAGUCACCCCAGACCCGUGGCCCUCUAACCACACGUUCUGUUGAUUUUUCGCUGUGUUUCCUUCACGGCCUUUCUUGUGGCUCGCUCUCUGCCGCUUGUGUACUUGCUGAGAGCAUUCUCUGUUUUGACGCUGCUCGUACCUAACUCAGUUUUUCCGAGACCCUCUUCUCACAGGCUUAGUUUCACCUCACACCUGCAGUGGGCCAGUUUUCAGUCAGAGGAGAGGCCACAUCUGCUUCCUGUAGGCCCUCUGGUCAGAAGCAUGCAUGGCUGGCUGCUUCUGGUCUGGGUCCAGGGGCUGAUACCGGCUGCCUUCCUCACUUCAGGAGCCACAGCGGGCACAAUAAAGACAAGGGGGAACAUUUCUGCAGAGGAAGGUGGCUCUGUCGUCUUACAGUGUCACUUGUCCUCCAACACAGCUGAAGUGACCCAAGUCAACUGGGAGCAACGGGACCAGCUUCUGGCGGUUUACAGUGCUGAGCAGGGGUGGCAUAUUGUUUCAGUCUUCAGCGAGCGGGUGGUCCCAGGCCCUAGCCUAGGCCUCACCUUCCACGCGCUGACAGUGAAUGACACUGGGGAGUACUUCUGCACCUAUUACACCUAUCCUGAUGGGAUUUACAAGGGGAGAAUAUUCCUGAAGGUCCAGGAAAGCUCAGCGGCUCAGUUCCAGAUGCCGUUGCUUGAAGGAGCCGUGGCUGCUACGCUGGGACUCCUCUGCUUAGUGCUCACAGGGGUGACAGUACUGGCUAGAAAGAAGUCGCUUAGAAUCCAUUCUACAGAAAGUGACCUUGGGAGAACGGCAGCUGAGUCCCAGGAAAUGAGCCUCAGGAUUCUCUCGUCCCCUGGAGGCCCUGUCCAGACGGAAGCUGCCCCUGCUGGCCUCUGUGGAGAGGAAGAUGACUAUGCCGAGCCACGAGACUACUUUAAUGUCCUGAGCUACAGAAGCUUAGAGAGCUUCAGUGUCCCAGCGAAGACUGUCUAAGAACAGGUCUACCCCUCCCUCCCCCCCCC